AUGAGAACAAGGAAACCUAAGAUGGAGAAAACAGUGGCUCACUCUCAGUCUCAGCCUCAGUCCCAAAUUGAGAUCGUGAACAUUGAAGACGACGAUGCCUUUUGCUUCACACCCAUUUCACUGAAGCGCUCAGCAGACCACUUGGAAGAGGAAAGAGGCCUUCAAUCGAUCAAAGCAGGUAACUUUAUCGACCUUUCUGAUGAAACUCUAGACUUUUACGACGAUGACGAUGAGCUUAGAAUUCUUAGGUUUAAACCCUCAAACACCCCCUUUGGAAAACGAACAAAGCCCUUUACGGGUCCUUCUGUGACCGAAGCUGGGCAAUCUUCCAAUUCCAAGGAAAACCCAUCUUUUGUUUGUGAAAUCUGUGUUGAAACCAAGCCCGGAAACCAGUUGUUUGCGGUAGAAAAUUGCAGCCAUGGUUAUUGUACUGACUGUACGGUCAACUACGUGGCCUCGAAGCUUCAAGAGAACAUCACAAACAUUAGGUGCCCUGUUCCUGAUUGUAAAGGGUUGCUAGAGGCCGAGUAUUGUCGACCAAUUCUGCCCCCUGAGGUGUUUGAUAGGUGGGGAAGUGUGUUGUGUGAGAGUGUGAUUCUUGGGUCUGAGAAGUUUUAUUGUCCCUAUAAGGACUGCUCUGCUAUGUUGAUUGAUGAUGGGAAAGAGGUUAUAAAGCAAUCACAGUGCCUCAAUUGUUGGAGAAUGUUCUGUGCCCAGUGUAAGGUUCCUUGGCACGAGGAGAUUGAGUGCGAAGAAUUUCAGAAGUUGAAUAAGGAUGAGAGGGAAAAGGAAGCUGUCAUGUUGAAGAACCUUGCGCAGCAGAAACAAUGGAGAAGAUGCCCCAAUUGUAAGUUCUAUGUGGAAAAAUCAGAGGGUUGCAUGUUCAUGAUGUGCAGGUGCAAAACAGCUUUCUGCUACAGAUGUGAUGCUUCAGGUGUUUCAAUGCUUCCCAUCCUCUCCACAGCUCAGCCUUUCCAAAAGGUCACCAUGGUUGCGCUUGCGGGUAGCGACCUAAUCCAUGAGGGGCAAUAUAGGCCUUCCACUGAGUAUGGUUUAUGUUGCUUUUUACAAGAUCUUUCAGGAAUUUCAGAGACUCAUUUCAUAAUAGAUUUAGAGAGUGCUGAUUUUCUUAGGCUUUAUUGGAAACAUGACAGUAAAUUCAUGUACAGGAAAGUCUUUAAGCUAAUUGUAUGUCCAUUUUUCAUGAACUUUAGUUCCUCUUCAUGGUCAGAUGUAGACGUGAAGGAGAGAUCAUCUUGGGGAUGUUGUGAAUGUGGGCCACCAAAUGAAAUGCUUCUUAAUUCAGCUGGAGUGGAUGAGGAUGACAACAAUAGUUCACCUACAUAUCUGACUAAUUCAAACCACAGUAUGGAGAGCUUGGCUGCUCAAGAUGCUUCAUCUAUUGUUCAUGAUUUAGAGUCAGAUGCACAAGAUGAUGGUAAACACUUCAAGCCAAACCUCUCAAAUGGAAAGGUGGAUCGUAGCUUUAAAGUCGAAAAUCCGGGCCUGCAAUAUGAUGUGGAUAUUGUAACCCCCUGCUCACUUGCUUCUCUGGAGCAGCUGCCUUUGAAUGGUAACAUGGUGAGAACAUCUCUUUCCGGCAUAGAGCCAGAAAAUGUGGUAUGCAACAACCGUGAACCAUCCAUCUUCGAAAGAUUCAAUGGAGAUUUCGAAACCCUUUCUUCGAUUUCUCAGUUGUGGCCUCUUCAAUCUUAUGAGGGUGUUCCUUCUUCUCUUUCUCCUGGUAUGGGACAGCACAGAAUGUGCAGCUUUGGCUUAAAAGGAGAAUAUGGGGAUAAUGGUACUUAUGCCAUGGCAAACGAUCCCAAUAACUUGGCUGCUUUAGUCACCACAGAGGGAAAGCAGGACCUACAAAAUUAUCCUUUGCCUUCUUUUGCUUCUGGGCCUCAGAUUACAAUGACAAUGUCUGGAUUGCAGUCUUUACAGCAGGCUACAUCAACUACUCCCUCUGCUGAAUGUACUGGAACUGGAAAGCCUCGUAUGAGGGCACGUCGAGGCCAGGCAACUGAUCCACACAGUAUUGCUGAAAGGCUUCGGAGAGAAAAAAUUGCUGAAAGAAUGAAGAACCUGCAAGAACUGGUACCGAAUUCUAACAGGACUGACAAGGCAUCCAUGCUAGAUGAAAUCAUUGAGUAUGUCAAAUUCCUUCAGCUCCAAAUCAAGGUGCUAAGCAUGAGCAGAGUUGGUGCUGCAGGAGCAGUUGUUCCUCUCAUCACAGACACUCAACAAGCUAAGGGUGCCAAUGGUUCUUCGCUGUUGCCGUCAGUUGGCCAAGUAACUGACAUUUCAUUCAAUGAAAUUGCCUUAGAGCAAGUAGUGAGGCUGAUGGAAUCAGAUGUGACCAAGGCAAUGCAGCAUCUCCAAAGCAAAGGUCUCUGCCUUAUGCCAAUUGCUCUUGCUGAUGCCAUAUCCACAGAAAAAAAAUCAUCAUCAUCACCAGCUCCUGCUUCUGAUGAUUGGAAGAAAACCGGUUUCAACGAUAGCGGCCUUGUUCAAAACAACAGCAGCAGCAGCAGCAACAGCAGCUUGCCUGAGGUCAAACAAGAAGCCGAGAACCAUUCUUUUGCUGCAAGAUGA